CGCGAAGGCAGCCAUUGGGAAGAGCCCCGCCCUCGGGCAGAGCACCUCCGCACCCCGAGUCCACCGCGCGCCGCCAACCCAUGCUGGCUGCUGCGCGUGCGCGAGCCCCGGCGGGGCGCAUGCGCCUUCCGCGGCGAUUUCCGUUCCCGACGUUUGAUGGCGCUGGCCUGAAGAAAGAGAAGGAAAAGUAAGGAGUACAAAUGUCCGGAGAUGUUUCUCGCACAAGAAAACCACAACAAAUAAAGUGCUUGAUGGUAUCCCUGAUAUGAUGGGAUAUAGUUAAAGAUUAAUCUAAAAAAUUGUGACCGCCAGACCCCAGAGUCAGUGGGCAGGGCGUUUUUGCGUUGGCUUUUGGGAAAUGUAGUUGUAAUGCUACCGACCCCGGCUGGUUGCGACAGAAGCUACAACCCCCAGAUACCACCGCAACACUUCAGGUCGCUGCAGGCGAACCAACGGUUCAGGAGGCCAGGGUUAACUGGGAACGUCCUUCUGGUAUUUUGCUGGCAUGUAUGUCAGAAGAGGGCGUCAGCUCCUAGAGCUGUGGGUGGUUCCUGGCCGAGUCAGACAAUGGAUUCUGAAUUAUCACACAGUGUAAUUGGGAGCUACCUUAACCCUCCAGAAAAAAUGUAUCCCCCAUCGUUCAUCAAGAAUGAAACAUCUCAGAUUGGCCACCCUGUGAAUUUAGAAGUCACCACUCCUAAAAUGAUUAAUAGUCCAAACAACCAAGCACUUGUUUCAGCGUUAAAAACACUCCAGGAAAAGAUCCAUCGAAUCGAGCUGGAGCGGACUCAGGCUGAGGACAACCUGAACUCUCUGUCCAGAGAGGCGGCGCAGUAUAAAAAGGCCUUGGAGAACGAGACAAAUGAGCGGAACCUGGCCCACCAGGAACUGAUUAAACAGAAAAAAGAUAUAAGCAUCCAGUUAAGCUCAGCCCAGUCUCGUUGUAUUCUUCUCGAGAAGCAACUUGAAUAUACAAAGAGAAUGGUUCUCAAUGUAGAGCGAGAAAAGGCUAUGAUCCUAGAACAACAGGCCCAGCUUCAAAGGGAAAAAGAACAAGAUCAGAUGAAGCUGUACGCUAAACUUGAAAAGCUCAAUGUCUUAGAAAAAGAGUGUUUUAGAUUGACAGCCACUCAGCAGACUGCUGAGGAUAAGAUAAACUAUCUAGAGGAAAAACUAAAGGAAGAGGAGCACCAGCGUAAGCUGUUUCAGGACAGAGCGUGUGAGCUUCAAACUGGAUUGGAAAUCAGCAGACUUUUAAUGUCUACAGUUUCACAAUCACAGCACUCUAAGGAAAAGAAGAAACCACCAAAGAAAACAAAGUGUUUAAAAAGGGAACCCCCUCAGCAAAUGGACCCGAAGUGUAGAGCACAGUCUUUGGAGAGGGAGAAGGUGAUGCAUGCCUAUGGGCUCCAUUGCCUUCAGAGACCUGCUCCAGUCACUGAGCCACAGUGUCGCUACAAGCCUCUCAGAACAGCUUCCCGGGGCAAAGCUGUACCCUCUAACUCAGGAGAGCCCAUUCCCACCUGCGACAGCUUGUCUGAUCUUCUGAUGGCAAUGCAAGAGGAGUUGGACCAAAUGACCGCAGAGCACAGAGAGCUGCUGAGACAGACGGGAAGCCAUUCAGUCUCUGAGGACAUGGAGCACGAGCUGCAGCAAUUAGUCAAGAAGAUGGAGAGCAAAGAAGACCAGAUUUCCAAACUCAAGAAGCAUCAAGACAGUGUCCGUAAACUACAGCAAAAAGUUCAGAAAUCAAGGAUAAAUGAAUCCUCAGGUCUCCAUCAAGAAGAUGGCCACCCUAAAGGACCAAAGAACAUGAAAAAUAGCCCCAGGAAAUGUUGGAAUGAAACCAACCCUUUUCAGAAACACAGCACCUGCCAUCCGGCCCAAGUCCACAAUCUCCAGGUGAAACUGAGGAAGGACGACAUCAUGUGGGAACAGUGACCGUGGCAAAGCUGUCGCCUAAAUGAACCUCACCAGUGAGAUCUUGCGUGUCUACGUGGUUUUUAUUUAAUAUACUUUUGGGAACUUAUGAAUUAUGUUUCUGCCUUCUAUAAAAUGUGAAGUUGUAUAUUUUCAGAAUAAUGGCUAAUGACCUACCAAGAAUCCCAGAAUAAUAUGACUAAUUUUUGUUGUUGCUGUUAACCAGAGGCCCGGCCCUCAUCAACCUGCAGAAGGAGUCACUUUGCGGCUCCCUUGAGGUAAACCUAAGAAGGGUACCGAAUGGAGUCUCAUUAAAAUCGAGCUACACCUGAGCUUUGAGGGCCAUUCCACAAUUCCCCUUCGGCAGACUGUCACCUGUAGAGCAACACGGAGUGACCAGAAUCCUUUAACUUCCCUGGCAUGGCCACCUUAUCUUGUUUUAGAUCUCAGCAGUAUUCUUGUUUGUUUGCUAUGGAAAGGGGAAAUCACAAUAACUCUGCAGCGUUUGAGAACACCUUUAACUCAGCUUUCCUGUGACAGCUGUGGAAAGGGUCACAUAAUUAUUUAAUUGUCAAAGACGUUAAUUCAGCUUUCUUCCUCUGCUGUCACCAUGCUCUUUCCACACCUGCUGCUCUGGACACCAGUAGCUGAUUUCCUUUCACUCUUUCAUAACUGUUUCUGGUUUCUCGUUUGCUUUAUAUGUGGUUCUCAUCAGUACAUGCCAAUGUGAAUGUCCGGGACCCAAGAAGAUAAUGGGAUUUUAUAAGAACCUAGGCAUUUCAUUUUCUUUAUUCACAAGAGAAAGUGAAUGCGGUAUCUCUUUUUAUACUUUAAAAUCAGUGCUGUCGCAGUGGAUUUCUUUGUUGUAUACAUGUUUUAUAAUAAAUUUACACUUUGUCUUUUAGAAGCCUGUGGAAAUUAGUACAUAUCUUUGGAACACUCACCUUUUUAUUUUCUGGGACAACUGGAAAACUGAGGUCAUCAGCUGAAAUAGAACUAGAACUGGACAGGAAGCUGUGCUAAGGGAAAAGCUCGGGAUCAGGGAGGAAGUGUAAGAAACGGGCCCGUUCCACAGGGUCAGUUAGAGCGCGUAUUCCCGGUGGAUGGGGAGUGUGCAGUCUGAGGAUGCAAACCCUGUUGAUCAGGAGCGCAAGGAGCUGCUUCAAAAUAAAACUAAAGAAGAAUUGUUUUC